UAUUUAGGCGACACUUAGACCACAUGAACCCUGUUUGGUCCCAUACUUGUAUUUCUGUUUUUAAAAAUCCAGUUUAUGCUUCAUUUCCCUCCGUUUAAAACCUGUAAUUGAACGCCGGCCUUCGGUUUGUUAGCGUCCCACGUUCCCAGUUUGUCCUCCUGCCUGACUCACACGUGUGAAACCAUGAAGCGUCACGUUUCCGCAGCAGCUCCAGCUGGUAUUGAUCAGCUGGCAGGUUAUCGGCAGACCGAUCGGCAGCAACAACCUCCAGCCGGACGCUGACAUGUAAACUGGUGACAGGAUCUCUGUUCACUGAGAGGGAAUCUGUCGGCUUCAGUUUGUGUGAAACCUUCAGACACGAAGAGACUCUGGACGAUGUUGAAACCUCGGUGAGAUUCCUCAGGUAAAGCCAUGCACCUGGGCGGUGCUCCAUAGCCUUCCUUGUCCCUCUCCUCCCACCUGAUCACCUGUCCUCCUCCAUCGCUCCUCACCUUGACUCCUCCUCCUCCCCCGGUCGCCAUGACGACCACCCUGGAGACGAUAGCCCAUCCGGACCAGGAGCUGAGCUCCGAGCGGCUGGACGGCUGCCUGGACUCGGGCGGCCGAUACAAGGUGGUCCCCUCCGUCGUCUGCUCCAUGUGCUGCCUCUUUGGCAUCAUCUACUGCUUCUUCGGCUAUCGCUGCUUCAAAGCAGUGAUGUUCCUGACGGGCCUCAUGUUCGGCUCUGUCGUCAUCUUCAUGCUCUGCUACAAGGAGCGCGUGCUGGACACCCAGCUGAGCGUGGAGGCCUCGGUGGGCAUCGGCCUGGGCAUCGGGACGCUCUGCGGCCUGGUCACCAUGCUGGUUCGCAGUGUGGGCCUCUUCAUGGUGGGCCUGCUGCUGGGCCUGCUGGUGGCCGUGGCCACCCUGGUGGGCAUGGAGGAGCUGUCCGACAGCCCGCCGCGCUCCGUCUGGGUGCCCCUGGGCGUGCUGCUUGGCCUGGGCAUGCUGUUCGCCGUGCUCACCCUGCAGUGGCAGCGUCUCUUUACCACGCUGUCCACAGCGGUGUUCGGCGCGGCGGUCAUCACGGUGGCGCUGGACUACUUCGUAGAGCUCUUUGCCCUCGUGUUGUACAUGUACGAGCGGAUAAAAGCUGAAUCUGGAAAGCCUGUGUGCUGGCUGACCUGGGUGGUGCUCGGGGUGUGGCCUGCCCUCACCCUGCUGGGCGUCAUGGUCCAGUGGAAGGUGACCGCCGAGGGAUACUCCCACACCAAGGUGAUUAUCAGUCGGCAGCAGAGGAGGAUGCAGGUGAUGCGGAUCCGCCAGCGGGACGACCGCUACCGCAACAAGAAGAAGAAGAAGCAGCAGGGCUCCACCUCCCACCAUCACCACCAGGCCAAGCAGCUGCACGCCGAGCCCGCCUACCGCCGCAAACCCAACCCCAUCCGCCGCUACGACACUGACGUCCUCUCGCCGAGCUACAUCCAGAGUUUUCGGGACCGGCAGGUGCAGGCUCAGCCCUUCCCGGGUCGGCUGGUUGGAGGCUCCCAUGCCGUGGUGGAGAUGGGCUACGACUGCGGCUCCACGACGCCCCUCACCGGAGCAGCAGGACCUUCACUACGGGUCUGACGCCUCCACAACCCCCCAAACACUCCACUGAACCAGGGAGAUGCGUCAUUCUACAACCACUACCCCACACCUGUGCUAGAACAAACCACCACUGGCUUCAAAUUCAAAGAUUCUGGGUUUAGCCACUCAUCUUAGAGGAUAAAAAAAUAGCCCUUUACUUAUUAAAUGUUGGAUCGUAAACCUCCGGGAGCCGUCGGUUUGGUGUAGAGGUUUGCUCAACCUCUUUUUCACUGUCCAUAGAUUCAAAUGCACUAAAUGCAUGCAUGCACUUGACACAAACACACUCUGCAGCUACAAUCUUGAGGGUUCCGUGUGCAAACAGGAAGCAGCCGGCUGGACCCGACCUGUACGCCAAAACAGAUCAGGGAUUGGACUGCAAACCCGCCUCAGGUUCCGUCACAGGCUUCAAAACACAACUCUACCCUCGUUGCUGUUUCGACCACCGUUCCUCAACCGAUGCUGCAGAAGCAACUAGUUCCUCGGCCUCCUUAGAAGUCCUUCGUGAAUGGAGGUAAGGGCCCUCCAAUGUAAACCGGGAUCCGUUAUUUGCGUUCUGUGCCAUCUAGACUACAGACUUAAUGUUGUUUUUAAAGAGGGGGAAACCCUUUGUCACCCUUGGUGCUGGACGAUACACUACUUCAAGCGUCAAACUGCUCUCCGAAGCCCGGGAAUCUGUUUCAACGGGUGCCUUGCCCCUCCUCGGACUGCGCCGCUCAGCGACAGGAGGGGGGUUGCUGGCAGAUCUCCCAUCAGUGGCUUGUUUUUGCAUUAAUCGUGAGGAUUCUUCAGGGGAGUGGAGGGAUGUAGCCGCGGAGCUACAACAAGCAGGGUAUAAAGUUUCUGGAGUCGGCUUGUUGUCUUCACAGAUGCCUGGAUAUUCGAAGAGGAUUAGCUUUUUAGCUGACAAGGAGAAAGACUUGUUUACACUGGUACCUCGUGAAAUCUCAACCCGACAUACGUAGACAGAGAACCUUCAGCACGACUAACUGAGAAUUUCAUCACUGCAGUGGAAAACAAUCUCCAGGAGAUGAUUUGCACUGCUAAUCAAAGCUAAAAGAUUUGUCUAGCAUCUGCCAGGGUGUUAAAAAUUCAAGAUUUAUGGUCAAACUGAAGUUAAAUUUUGCUAUGAAAUCCACAUAAAUAAAUCUGUGAAGUUUGUUAUAACUUACAAUGGGUGAAAUAGUAACUUCCAAACAGGGUUUUUGGUGCUUGACAAUGUUAUUGCUAAUAAUGCUAAUUGCUAGCUCUGUCAUGUGGAGUCUAUUAGGUAGCUGUUGCUUUCCAGGUAAAAGCUAGUUAGCCUAGCUGGCUAGGUUUUAUUUUCUACAUCAAGCUUAGUUGCACCAUGGCUUUUUCCAAAAAACAGUAAAAAAUAAAUAAGAGUAGAAAGACUUUUCCCACAAAUAUGACCAAAAACAUUUCUAUCUCAUUUGGAAAACCGCAUACACUGUCGUUGGAAUUUAUAUUUUAAACCGAAAUGAACAUUUUUGGUUAAAAAAAAAGAAAAAAAGAAAAAGCUAGCCAGCUGUUUAGCCUAGGCGGUUGUUGGAACUUAUUUUAAAUAGAAAUGGACAUUUUUUGUUAAAAAUCUAGCCAGCUAAUUAGCCUAGCUGGUUGCUGGAAGUUACAUUUUAAAUAGAAAUGGACAUUUUUGUUCAAAAGCUAGCUACCUGGUUGUCGAAAAUUAUGUUUUAAACAGAAAUGCACAUUUAUUGAAAAAGCUAGCCAGCUAGUUAGCCUUGCUGGUUGUUGGAACUUACAUUUUACACAGAGAUGGACAUUUUUGUUAUAACGCUAGCUGGGUAGUUAGCCUAGCUGGCCAAUUUGCACGAUGGCUCACUUGAAAAGCAACAUGAGAAAAACCAAAAUAGUCGCUAAAGACUUCUUGAAAGUUGGAAGCUUUUUCUGAAAUUAUGACAAUAAACAUUUCUAUCUUCUCUUAAAAACCUGUUCUCUGUUGUUGGAACUCAUAUUCUGUAGCAGAAAAUAACAUUUAAGGCCGAUUUUAGGCACAGUAGAUUUGCGUUUCUUGCUGAUAAUUUCCUCAGUAUUUUGGGACAUUUUGGGUCGUUUGUCAUUGUAUGUCGGCCUUAAGCUCAGUUUCAUCUGAGGGGAUCUCUUUCUAGACCAUUUUUUUAAAGCACUGAGGCUAAAAACCUGAAAAAGCACCUUUUUUUUUUUACUGUAAUGAGGUGCCAGUGUAAAUAAGACCUGAAUGUGAAUGAACAUAGUGGACUAGUGGCCAUAACAACCUGUACUUAGACCAACUCCCUCCAUCAUGUGCAUUGAUUUUUGCUUUAUUCAGUGAAAAUGUGAAUACUUUGUUACCGUCUUUACCUUUUUAAAGGGAACCGACGUGGUGGGAGGGCGAUGGGGGGGGGGGUUUAUUUGUCAAUGCAUGAAACCACCUCCUGGUCGAGUCCCUCUGUGUGCAUCAAUGUGAAAUUUGUACAUAAAACACAGCACUUACUAACUUUAUUUUUUACCAUUCAUUUUCUUUUCGUAGUACUCUAAUUUCUUUUCCGGUGGGAUGUAUUUAUUUGCUGAUUUAUUUAUUUGGUUCUGUAACAGGAGUGUGCGACAUCACCGCUGUAGGCCGGAAGCUCCAUGCUUUUUUUUUUGUUAUUCUUUGUUUUGUUUUGUUUUUUAAUUAAAAACUGAAUUCCGACUAUAAUUAUUAAAGCAUGUGUUCCUACAGGCCUGAA